AUGGCGGGGGAUUUCAAUGAGAUUAUGUCUCAAGCAGACAAGUCUGGGGAUCCACGGAGAGCAGCCCUGCCAAUGGAAAUUUUAAGGAGAACUAUGGCAGCUUGUGGUUUUGUUGAUAUGGGGUUUGUGGGUAGUAGGUUUACCUGGAGUAACAAAUAUACCAAGGAGAGGUUGGAUCGGAGCUUUCAAACCCUACAGUGGAGAAGCCUCUUCCCGUUUAGUAGAGUUAUCACUCUUAAUCCCUCGGAAUCAGACCACUGCCCUAUCUUAAUCAAGACAUCAUUCAGAAAGGAGUGGGCUCUUCCUACGACAGGGAAUGUUUUGAGACAGAUUGGUUUCAAAUUCAAAGCUAUUGGUAAGAAGCUAAUGCAGUGGCAUAAGACUGAUUUUGAUAGGCAAAAGGCUGAAAUGAGAAUAAUCCAGGAAAAGCUUAAUGACAUUAUGAGACAACCUUUUUCUCCAGAACAAUAUGAGGAGCAGAGAACCUUGCAUGCCAAGUAUAGCCAAUUACUGUCUCAGCAAGAAAAGUAUUGGAGGCAAAGAUCCCGAGCGGUGUGGCUUAAGGAUGGAGACAGAAAUUCUGCUUUCUUCCAUCGUAGAGCAUGUAACAGGAAGAGCAGGAACUCCAUUAGGGGUUUAACUGAUGAGCAAGGACAAUGGCAAUCAGAGCCGGCUGAAAUCCAACGAUUAUUGUUGACCUACUUUAAGACAGUCUUCUCUUCUGAAGGAGGUGAUGCCAGGGCUCUACAAACUGUGCUCGAUGCUACACCAACAAAGGUAACUAGAAGCAUGAAUGAAUCUCUUGUGCAGCCCUAUACAGAUGAUGAAAUCAAAGCAGCUUUAUUUCAAAUGCAUCCCUCAAAGAGUCCGGGCCCGGAUGGUAUGUCCCCAUUCUUCUUUCAAAAAUAUUGGAAUGUGGUGAGCAUGGAUGUCUGUAAUGCCAUUAGAAAUUUUCUUGAGAAAGGAGAGCUAUGGCCAGAAGCAAAUUAUACUUUCUUGUGUUUGAUACCAAAAACCAAAUCGCCUAAAGUAGCUGCACACUUCAGGCCAAUUGCCCUAUGCAAUGUGAUUUGUAGAAUUGCUUCUAAAGUAGUGGCAAAUCGGUUAAAAUGUAUUCUGCCUGAGAUCAUCUCACCACUUCAGAGUGCGUAUGUUCCAGGGAGGUUAAUCUCUGAUAACACCUUAGUAGCUACUGAGGCAGCGCACUUCAUGCAUCAACUGAGAAGCCGAGAAACAGGUCAACAGGUGAAUUAUCAGAAGAGCAGUAUGGCAUUUAGCGGGAAUGUGGAUAUGGACACACAAAACAAGUUUGCUUCUAUUCUGGCAGUUAAAAGAGUGGAUGAGCAUGACAGAUACUUAGGUCUACCUCUGAGAGUUGGUAGAUCAAAGACUGCGAUUUUUGAGUACAUUAAAGAGAAAUUAACAAAGAAGCUUAUUAAUUGGAAAGCAAUGAUUCUGAGUUGUGCCGGCAAGGAAAUCUUGAUAAAAGCAGUGGCACAAACAAUGCCAUUGUAUGCCAUGAAUUGUUAUCUUUUACCACGGGGGUUAUGUGAUGAUAUUCAUAAGUUGUGUGCGUCUUUCUUUUGGGGGGACACCAAUGAGAAGAAAAAGAUCCAUUGGAGGAGUUGGGACAAGCUGUGUCUGACAAAGAAAGAAGGAGGUAUGGGAUUCAAGAACUUGUAUGCUUAUAACCUUGCAAUGUUGGCAAAGCAAGGCUGGAGAUGUGAAAUAGCUGAGAAGAUCUUAUGCAUCCCACUUGGACAACGCCAAUGCUCUGACAAACUAAUAUGGAGUCCAGAGAAAAAAGGUUUUUAUUCUGUGAAGUCAGCCUACUGGAUAGCUCGGGAACAAGUCCUACAGAAUGUUCUCACUUCUACUUCUAAUGGAGAUCCGUUUAAAGAGCUUUGGCAGCAACUUUGGAAGGCCAAAAUUCCGGGAAAGGUGAUUAUUUGUAACUGGAGGGCUUGUAACAAUCUCUUGCCCACACGGGAGAGGUUACUAGCUAAAGGAUAUACUGGAACCACAGAAUGCUUGCUAUGUCAGAAUCACAUUGAAGACAACUAUCAUCUCUUUUGUCAGUGUCCUCUGGCCAAACAGAUACUCUCUGCACCUCCUUUUAAUUUACAACAUACUUUGUUGCCUAAUAUGAGUUUCAAGGAAUGGAUGCUUGAAAGGGCACAACAACUCAAACCCGAAACCCUAGAGAAGCUGAUAAUGGUUGUCUGGGCUCUAUGGAAAAACAGGAACAAUGUUCUGUGGGAAGGCAAAGUGCAAACUGCUCACGACCUUGUUCUAAGCUGCUUUACAUGGCUUGCAGAUUUCCAAAAAUCCCGUAGCAGGAAUCCACCAACAAACAGGUCCGUGAGGGCCAAAUGGAAACCACCGACGUCUGGUUUCAAGUUGAAUGUUGAUGCAGCCUUCCUUCCCAACCAAACCAAUAGUGGCAUUGGAGGAGUAUUAAGAGACUCGACAGGUCAGUUUAGAGCUGCAUUCUUUCAACCUGUAAUGUUUGCAGCAUCACCAAAGCAGUGUGAACUCCUAGCCAUUCGAGCGGGUUUUGAUCUGUUAUCCUCAUGUGGUAUACACAACGUUAGUGUUGAAAGUGAUUUCAUGGAGGCUGUCUCUGAAGCAAACUGUAGGAAUUAUGAUAUGUUAGCUAAUGGAGGCAUAGUGGAUGACAUUAAUGAAGUAUGGAGUAGGUUGCAGGGAGUGACCAUAAGUCAUACUCUGAGAACGUGUAAUGCUGUGGCACACCGCCUGGCAGCUUUAGGUUUUGAGAAUCCUAUUGGAGCCGUCGGGUUUGACCAAGCUCCUUCUUAUAUUAGUGAUGUACUACAGCACGACUAUGCUAAACUCGUUUGA